AUGAGGCUAGAUGAUCAUCUAAUGCCAACGCCGUCAUUUGUUGAUUUGGUGAGGGACGUCGAGAAAGGAAAAGAUUUGCUAGAACAUCAUGAUUUGAGCUUCUUAAGUUGUGAAGAUUCGACAUAUUUGAAACAAUUUGAUAAUUUUGAUUAUACAUAUUUCGGAUCAAUCGGAGAAGCAAGAAGCAAUUAUUCCAAGGAUUUCUCAUGCGAUUUGACUGAAGAAGAUGUCGAUGAUGUGGACGAUGAUGGUGAUCGUAUUGAAGAUAUAUUAGACGGUGGCAAUGGACUUGAAGAUGAGUUUGAAGUUGUUCCAGAUCUUGGCGUUGAAGGUGUAUUGGACGAUGUGUCUCGUGAUGAGAUUGAAGAAGGAGAGGAAGCAGAUUCCAACAGGGUGAAAGAAGUGAAUGUGUAUCCCAAAUGA